AUGUCUGGAGGUCCGGGAACACCCACUGUGACAAAAGUCAUAGCUUAUAUCAUUUAUUUUGCAGAUCCUGUCCACAUAUGCCCAUGCCAAAGACAUCACCCUUAUAGAGCCUAAUUCUAUAAUCAAAGCUGAAAUAGGGGAAGAGCUUCAUAUCACGUGUCUAGGCACCAAAUGUCAGAAUCCGGACUUCAUCUGGGCUUCCCUGGCUGACACUCCAUUAAGUGGUACAAUUAACAAUGCUGGACAAAUAUCAGUCCUGACCAUGAAGAUCAGCAAUGAGAACCUUGACUUGUAUGAUUCCUAUCGGUGUACUGUGCAUUGUGAUAAUCCUCCUGCGGAAAAGGGCUUCAAAGUCAUAGUUUACUCACUUCCUAAACCCAUCCUGACCAUAUCAUCUCUUGUGGCUGGAAAAGAGUCACAUAUCACCUGUACCAUUCCUGAUGCCUAUCCCUAUUACAUGGUUGAUGCUCAGAUCUCAAUUGCUGGGAUGACUGUGGCUCAGCAUGAGGUCCCAGAUGAAGAUUUUGAAAUGUACGUAGUGAAAAAAUAUCAGCCUGUCUCAUGAUUUAAAGCUGACUGAUAAAUAUGAGGCACAAGAGAUAAAAUGUGAAGCUAAACUACAAUUUCUGGAAAAUGGAAUUGAUCCUAUAUAUUGGAAUACAUCUAUGCAACUCAACCUUCUAUAUCCUCCAGGAAAACCAACUAUCUCAGUUUUCCCUGACACAAAUGUAAACGCAGCAGAAAGCAUCUCCCUGUCUUGUACCUUUGAAAGUAGAUCCCCUGCUAGUGUGAAGUGGGUGAAGCUGGAUAAAGGGAAGGAACUGGUGAUGAGCUCUGAUGACCAGGGAACUCUGACAAUUCCAAAUGCAAAGCCAGAAGACAGCGGGCUGUACAUCUGCCAUGUACUAAACAAUGUAGGAAAAACAUCUUCCCAAGUGGUGAUCACUGUACAAGCUCUUCCCGAAAAACCUAAGUUGACCAUAUAUCCCACCACCAUAGUGCAAGCUGGUCAGCCUGUCACAAUUGAAUGCGUAGCUAAUGGCAAUAAAAAUGUGAAUGUUACCUUGUGGAAGGUAUUAAAAGAUGGAGAUACUCCUCUUCUAGAAGCAAAAGGAAAAUUAGUCAUAAAAGAAGCAGACCCAAUAGACGCUGCCAAAUACAAGUGCACAGCUGAAAAUUAUUAUGGAGUUAAUGAAGCAUCAGAAUCACUCAUAGUGGAAUAUCCUCCAAUGGACACUACUUUUGCAUCUUCUGUUGAAGAAGUAAAUGAAGGGGGUGAAGUCACUUUGACAUGUGCUUCACAGGGAGUCCCUGAACCUCGCUUCUUACUGUAUCAUCUGUUGCCAUCAGGGGAGAGAGAUCUGCUUUCUGAAGGUCCAGUAGUCACAUUGCCAAUUGUGACCAGUGGGGUUUAUCAAUGUGAAGCCACAAACCCGCUGGGCAGCAAGAAAGAGAAACUGGAUCUUAGAGUGCGAUUUCCGCCUAGAAACACGUUUCUAACCAUUUCACCAUCUUUGGAAACAAGAAUCGGAGAGAGUAUACACUUCAUGUGCACAUCGGAAGCUUAUCCUGCCCCCAGAAUGGUGUUGAAGAAGAAGACAGAGACUGGCCUGAUGGAGUUGGAAGCUAAGAAUGGGCAGUAUAGUAUUACACAUUUGACAGAAGAGCAUGCAGGAAGAUAUCUUUGUGAGUCCUCAAAUGUGGUGGGAAAGCAAGAAGCCGAAGCAACUGUAACCGUGCAAGUUCCGCCCAAGAAUACGCAUAUAAUUAUCACUCCUUCAGCAGAAGUUAAAGAGGGAGACUCCAUAGACAUCAAAUGUGUUUCAGAAGCUUCUCCUGCUCCCAGACUUGUUCUGAAGGUGAGGACAGAAGAUGGUGUGAGAGAGCUAGUACUGGACGGUGGACAUUACCAAAUUGAGCAUGCUGAUAUGACACACUGUGGGACAUACAUCUGUGAAUCUACAAAUGUUGUAGGACAGCAACAAGUGGAGACCACGCUGACCAUUCAAGUUCCACCCAAGAAUACACAUAUAGCCAUCACACCCUCAGCAGAAGUUAGAGAGGGAGACUUCAUAGACAUCAUAUGUGUUUCAGAAGCUUCUCCUUCUCCCAGACUUGCUCUGAAAGUGAGGACAGAAGAUGGAAUGAGAGAGCUGGUAUCUGAGGGUGGAAGGUAUCAAAUUGCACAUGCUGGCGUGAAGCACAGUGGGACAUAUAUCUGUGAAUCUACAAAUGAUGCAGGACAGCAACAAGUGGAGACCACACUGAUCAUACAAGUUCCCCCCAAAAAAACAGUUUUGACAAUCAGCCCUUCGACAGUAUUGAAAGAGGGAGAGAGCGGACAUAUUAGGUGCAUAUCAGAAGCUUUUCCUGCUCCCAGAUUGGUGUUGAAGAAGGAGACAGAGGCAGGCCUGAUUGAGCUAGAAGUGGAAAGUGGGGAGUACAGUAUUGAACAUGUUACAGUAGAGCAUGCAGGCACUUAUAUAUGUGAAUCAACAAAUGAGGUUGGACAGCAGAUAGCCGAGACCACAAUGACUGUACAAGCUCCACCCCAAAACACUUUUAUAUCAAUCACUCCAUCUUCAGUGGUGAACGAGGGGGAUGAUGUACAGAUCCAGUGUAUAUCUGAAGCAUAUCCGUCGCCAAGGCUUGUCCUCAUGGUGAAGACAGAACAUGGCCUCAUUAACCUGGAAUCUGCAGAUGGACUGUACAAUAUAACAAAAGCAGAAGAAAAGAAUAUGGGAACAUACAUCUGUGAAUCUACAAAUGUGGUUGGACAGCAAACAGCAGAGGCCAUGCUGACUGUACAAAUUCCACCACGAAACACCACAGUUGUGACUCCAUCACAGAACAUCACAGCAGGUGUUACUGUCACUAUCACUUAUGACAUCAUCCCACCUCCAGAGCGACAGCAAAGCCCAAGAUUUGACUACGUGCCACCAGCAAUCAUUGGAUCUGUAGUCCUUGUAACAGCUGGUUUUAUAGGACUAAUUGCUUAUCAUCUGAAGCAGGCAAGAGUACAAGGAUCCUACAGUUUAGUAAAAGCACUAAGGGGCAAAGUAUGA